AUGGCGGGAGCUAGAGACAAGGCCACAGGGGCUACUACAACCUGCAACAACACAGCCAAAAUGGCGGAUGCAGAGCGGGCCCCCGAUAAGAUGAAGGACAACCCUGACAUCUUGGCCAGGCUGGACAGGAUAUUCAACUAUUUCUGGCACAAGCUG